GUCUCCAUAGCAACCGUUUGGCGGCCAUUGCAAAAAAUUGUCAAUUUUUACGAUGGAAAAGUAAAUUAUAUUUUGUUGAUUUUCUUCGCCGUUUUUCUUGCAAAAGACGUAACAAUGGUAUGCACAUUAAUUUCAUGUUAUAAAUUUUAAACUGUAGUAUUAAUAAGUCAUGUUGUUAGAUUCAUAAAAGUUUAAACAACGCUUGAAAAUUAUGCUGCUGCCUUGCUGGCAACCUGGCAAGCCUUGGGUAGUUGGGUUCGCCCUUUUGGGUUGGUGUUUCACUGUUUGGGAAGCUUAAAAAUAACGAAAAAACUAACCUUUGUACUCUACUACUGUUUAAAAGAUAACUGUGCUUGCAGUAUAAAAUUAAAAAAUGAUAUAAGUUUUUUAUUUUUUUUAUAAAUUGUGUUUUUAUAUUUUUUUUGUUCAAUUUAGAAUAAAGGAACAACGAUUAAGGAUGCUUUAUCGAAAUGGGUAGGUUUAUAAUUGUUCACAUACAUAUUUAUUAUAGAGUGCUUUACAUAAAAUUAUAUCUGUUAUACAGUAUUUUACAUAAUAUCAACUGUCAAGUUUCUAAGACUAAAUUUUAUGGGUACACCCCUGUGUCUUCUGCCCCUCCCCCCAUCACCCACUGUAGAAAUUGGGCACGCUGUUUUGAUGUUCUCUAUAUAUGUACUAUCACCAAAUCUUUAAUUACUAUCCAAAGAUCAGAUAUGAUACUUAUGCACCUAUCAAUGUUCAUGAUACUUCAUCCCGAGAGGGCAAUGGGCAUCCCGAGAGGACAAUUUUAAAAAAAUUGGUCAAAAUCCACACCCUAAGCAUUGUGUUUGCUGACUAAAACAUUUUUUGAAAAUAUCCGCACUGUGUGACAAUCUUGAGACUUCUAAAUGCCCAUUGGACUCUGAAGUCUGUAAAAUUCCCACUGAUUAACAUUGAUAGGUGCAUUACAUGAUCAGUGUAUUAUUCGUUUGAUUUGUUAAUUAUCCAAUAGGAAGAGAAGAAUGGGAAGAAAGCGUCAGAAUCACCUGAAAUAUUGCUGUUUGCUCAGUAUCCUCCUAUAGAGAAAAUGGACGCCUCGUUAUCCACAUUGGCUAAUUGCGAGUAUGUACACCUUAACCCAUGUUUUAACAUUUAAGUGGCAAUGAAUGUGGCCGGAUGUGCCCUAGACGAUUUUACUUGUCAAGGGGAGAGUGCCGCCACUCGAAGGGGUAACGCUUUCAGUGGCAAUGCGCCCAGAUGCGCCCUACAUUAUUAUUUUACUCUGUCUAACGCCAGACUAUUUAAUCCCAAUGGGCACCUGACCUUUAUAUUUAUUUCUGUACUGCCAAUUACUAAACAAGAGAUUAUUCCCAUUUUAUAGAAAGUUGUCUCUUUCGACAAACUGUAUUGAGAAAAUUGCCAAUCUCAACGGAUUAAGUAUGUACAAUGUGUUUUAAGAUGUGAUUAUGUUAUAUUCAAAAUAAUUUAUCUCCUUUUAUUUUGUAGAAAACUUGAAAAUCUUAUCUUUGGGAAGAAACAAUAUCAAAAACUUAAAUGGCUUGGUAAAUACAUAUUUUAUUGUGAUAAGUAUUUAAAAACAACAUCUAGUUUAUUGCAGCCAGGAUUUUCAGGCUGAAACUUCUUAGACUUGAGGAUUUACAAGCUGACACUCCUUAGACUUGAGGAUUUUCAGGCUGAAACUGCUUAGACUUGAGGAUUUACAAGCUGAAACUUCUUAGACUUGAGGAUUUUCAGGCUGAAACUGCUUAGACUUGAGGAUUUUCAGGCUGAAACUGCGAGUAUUUUCUCGAGAUUGUUUUAGGGUGGUGUCCAGUUGGACUUAGUUCUCUAGUGGGGUGUGCAUGCACCCCUGUGCCCCAUGGUAGAACCAGCCCUGAUUACAGCAUGUUUUCUCGAUAGGAAGCAGUUGCAGAUACGUUGCAAGAACUAUGGAUAUCAUACAAUAAUAUUGAAAAGCUCAAAGGGAUUGGUGUUCUGAAGAAGUUAAAGGUAGAUUGAUUGAUGGAGUGACCAACUGAUUGACUACAUCAAAUGAGCCAGAAAUAACAGAUUACAAAUGUUUUUCUAGGUUCUUUAUAUGUCCAACAAUCAAGUCAAGUCAUUUGACGAAUUUCAGAAAUUGGUAAAUUAUUAUUUAAAAACUUCAUUUCUUCAAAUUAUAAAAAUAGGUGCAUUGUAGUGUACAAGUCACAUGACUAAUAUACAACCAAUCACAAGAAAGGUUUUUAUCUCUUUUUCAAAUGCUAAACAUUCCACACAGAAUUAACAGGCAUGGCAUUUUAUUCUCUAAAUUGUAAAAAUAGGCACACAUAGUGUACAAGUCACGUUGAAAUAUUUUAUUGUUUGACUCCCAGGCUGAUCUACCACAACUGCAAGAAUUGCUGCUUGUUGGUAAGUGAAAAUGAUUUAUAAGAGCUUUCAGAAUUAUUCUCAGUAGAUGGCUGUGUGGAUAAAGUAGUGGGGGGCUGUCUAUGGAGUCUGAAAAUCAUCCAAAUUAACCAGUGUAUAUUGAUUAGAUAGCAACACAACUGAGCUUUGGAACCAAAGUAUAAUGUAUCACUACUUUCAUUCUUCAACAAGAUGAUGACUUCAAGACUUCAUAACUUGAAAUUGCCUCAGCCACAACCAAGCUGACAACAUACUAUGAUACCAACAUGCAAUCUUAAUAAAAAUUCAAAACUUUUGGACAUAUAACAGUUAAAAAAAAAAGAAGUUAAUUUUGUAAAUAUCAUGUUAAAACUUGUUAAUUUAAUAAAUAUUUCUCUUUAAAAAAAAAAAAAACUUCAAGACUUACUGCAGUAUGAUGGGAAAUAACUAAAUCAGUUUCACGAAAUAGUACGUCGUUUUCAAAAGUAUCCAGGCUAUAAAGUAGACCAGGUUGAUGAAAAAUAACUUUGUUUGAAAGCUCAGAGUGGAGGAAGGAGAGCAGUAAUGAUAUUUCAAGUUCUAAACAAAGUACCCGACGGUGAACCUCGUGGCAUCCGCGCUAGCUCCUGUGGCCGCGAGCUUAUGUUGAAAGCCCUGGUCGUUGUCUUUUCUUAUACAGUGAUCAUUGUAGUUAGUUUCCUUCUCUUCCAUUCGUUCAAUUUUAAACCAGGGAAUCCACUUGAGGAGAAAAUGUCAGCAGAGGGAACGUGGCAUUCGGAAGUUACAAGAAGAUUGCCAAAUCUUAGAAAGCUUGACGGUAAGUUUAGAACGGUUUUAGCAGUGUUACUACAGAAAGAAACUAGAGUACCUAUAAUCUGUGAACCCAGAUGUAAUUUCCCAUGCUCAUAGGAUACCUGCCAACCUCGUCCCCAGGGCCAUCCGCGCGAAAUUUGGGAGGCGCGAGAUGGCCCUGGGGACGAGGUUGGGUACCUGCAAGAAGCCUUCGAAAUUAUUGCAAUCUGAGAGCUCGGUAGCCUGUGCACAUCCUGUAUUACCCUGUGCACAGGCUAAGAGCUCGGCUACUGUUUGCUGACCUCGUGAUGAAUAAAGUAUACAUUUACUAAUGUUUCGGUGGCAUAUUUAUUUAGAUCGGGUAUCUCUCCGAGCGGCCAAAUAGAAACGAAUCGUUGCACACACUUUAAUGCUUGGGCCUUUGGGCCUGCACUAUUAACAACAAGGAAAAAAACAGCAAUUCUCUUAUAUAAAUUUUUGGUCGGAUAGUUACUGAAUCGGAUGCAAAACACCAAAUAAUAUUGCUCAAGAUCUAGUCUAAGUCUUUCACGCUCGUGAUAUAGAUUACUCUAUAAAAUGUUGAUUGUGUCACCCAACAGCGUCAAAAAUUUCAAAACAAAAUCGCUCGGCAGCAGUUUCUUUCAUUUUGUCGCCAAUUUCUGGUAAUGUUUUGCUGCAACCUGCAAUACAAUUCCGAUACAGAUCCAUGCUAUUUAAAAAUCAGUCACACACUUUACUAGUAAUAUAACAUACUCUCUAAGGAAUGAAAAAAUGACAAAUGUCCACAGAGUAAACAGUGAAUCAUACUGACUCGCAAUUUCCAGUGCAUGACCAAUUUUUAGCUAACAUGACUUCAUGUCAGAAAUUGCCGCGUUGCAACAAAAAUUGCCUCGUGUUGCUGUAUAACUUUACAUUUAAUAGAACGACGAAAUAUAAAACAAUGCAUUUUGUUGAAGGUAUAACUAUUGUGAAAGAAGAAGGGGAUGAUGAGGAAGAAGAAGGCUGAGACAAAAACUUAAGUAUUUGCAUGUGUAUAUAAUUUAUUUGUACAUUUUCAUCGACCAGGCAGCGAGGAACGCGGUGCCUGGUUAGUAAUAUAUUUUGGGGUUUUAAAAGCUCGCUUGUUUUUAUUGCAUUAUAGAAAUUAUUUGUGUAGACGUGAUAGAAACAGAACUCUGUUUUAUGUAUAACUUAAUGUCCCUGGAUAAAUUGCUGGUUAAUUUAACUAUACAGUUCUGAGGCCAGUUGUACGAAGGCCGGAUAGCCCUAUCCACCGGAUAGUGAUUUUUUCAAGCUUUGUUAAAUCAGUCGUUGAUUGGUAUAACUCGUAUUAAAGUUUAGUAUUUAUAAGUUAAAUGUUUUUUAUACUUCUUGUGUCCUCUAUAUCCGUAGUUUCACAGUUUUUCAAGCAUUUUUACAAAGGUUGGAAAAAUCACUAUCCGUUGGGUAACGCUAUCCAACCUUCGUACAACCGGUCCCUGGCUAAUUUGGACGCUAUAUCGUGGCUAAUUUAUAGCCAGGAUUCCUAUAGUUAAUUUAACCAGGCUAUAUGUAAUCAAGUUGAUCGAUUUAACCAGGCAAUAUUUUUAUUUAAUUCUUUAAAAAUUCGUCUGAUAUCUGAACGUCUCUCUUUGUGCUGCUAACAUGGAAUACUUCUGCGAAAACUAAAUAAUUUAUAAAUACAUGUACUGUAAUUUAACACAAGUGGAAAUAAAUGAAUCAAAAGUAAAUAGAAAUAAAGAAGUAAACGUUUUUCCUUUAAGGCCUAUUACAUUUCAUAACUUUUGCCUAAAACUGUUGCAUGUAACCUGUUUACAACUUGAGUUGUAUUGUGUAAAUCAAGCACAUAACUCGCCUAAGUUGUUGUAGACGAGUUGUCUGCUUGAUUUACACAGUACAACUCAAGUUGUAAGCAGGUUCCACGCGACAGUUUUAGACAAACGUUGUGUAGUGUGAAUCGCCUUUUCUUUCUAAACAUAACUUUACGAUGUGUUCAUAUUACAUCGCGCUGUAGACGUUUUAACG